AUGAUCUCCACUGCUGGCAUCACGCGUUCCUUUCUUACCAUCCAACUUUAUCCUCACACCCAUCACUGCGCAGAUGAUUCGACGAUAGCGAUGGCGAGCUUGCACAAGCCACUUCCGGCACUGUACACAGUAUAUAUCCUGCGAUCGACGGUCCGCCAUGCCUCUCUCUACAUUGGCUCGACGCCGAACCCGCCGCGACGGCUCAAGCAGCACAACGGCGAGACCAAGGGCGGCGCCGCGCGCACCUCGCGCGACAAGUUGCGGCCGUGGGAAAUGGUCGCUCUCGUCUCCGGCUUCCCGAGCUCCAUCGCCGCGCUAAAGUUUGAGUGGGCGCUCGCCAACCCGCACCUGUCGCUGCACAUCCCCGACGACGCGCGCCUCGCCGUCUCGACGCAGACCAAGCGCAACGGGCGCCCGCGCCGCCCGCCGCUCAGCAUGCGCUCCGUCGUCUCCAACAUCCACCUUCUGACUGGCGUGGCCAGCUUUGCGCGCUGGCCACUGACGCUGCACUUCUUUGCCUCUGAGGCGCACAAGGCGUGGACAGCGUGGAUCAAGACGGCCGAGGCCCCCGCACGGCCGGGCCUGCGCGUGCUCACCGACUUCGUGGACGAGACGACGGGGAUACUGGGGGCGCACGACGAGCAGGCGGGGAUUCACGCACUGCCGCUAGACUACACGCCCCUCAAGGAGUACGUGCAAAAGGCGCAGGACGUGGUGGCGUUUGAGAAGGAGGGCCGCUGCGUGCAUUGCGAUGAGGAGAUGGCAUCGGGAGAGGGGCUGCAUGCCAUGUGUCCGAAUGGUGACUGCGUGGCCAUGGGCCAUCUGGAUUGCUGGAGUAAGCGCGCGCUCGUGGCCGAGGGAAACACCGAGGCCUUGAUUCCCCGGACAUGCUCGUGUCCAUCGUGUGGUGGCCAGGUGCGCUGGGGUGACAUGAUGAAAGAACUGACCUUGAGAGUGCGUGGACAAAGCGAGGUUGAAAAACUGCUCAAGGUUAGGAAACGAGGAAGAAAGGCGGCAUAA